AUGGCAGAGCUCGGUGUCGCUGCCAGCGCCAUUUCUAUAGCCUCAAUUGCGAUCCAAGUUGGAGACAGCAUUAUCAAGCUCAAAGACUUCUGGAAUCAUGUCAAAGAGGCUCCAGAAGAGAUCAAAUGGCUGAUUGAAGAGAUCGAAACCCUCGGCUUUGUUCUCUCGGGGGUCGAAUCAAGCAAGACUCAUAGCGAUCCGCCGCAUCUUGAACCAGCGUUCGCAAACAGGUGCCUCGAGUCAUGUCGCAAAGGAGCGAGUAUCCUCGAAGCUGUGGUCAAGGAAGCGGAUGAGGAGAUUCGCAAACGGAGGAAGGUAGGCGGCGUGAAGGCUGUCCUGAAGAAAGGGACAAUUGAAAGACUCAAGGAACGCUUGAGGAUGCGUAUCCCUAUUUCUACUACACUUGUAUCGAUCGCUGACAACUUUGGGGGAUACAGAGCACUCCACAAACAACGGCACGAAUUACACCGAGAAUGGGCAGAGCUUCAACAACGACAGCUUGAUGAGCUCAGGACAAGUGUGACUCAGUCGACGGACGCGGUCUUAUCUUUACACACGACGGUUGGCCAACAGGAAAAGCUUGCAUCGCCAUCACUAUGCAACUCUAGACCUUCCCACGCAGCAACGACCUCCGAUUCGUUGGAGCGCACGGCUACGGGAGUUCAGAAAGCGCAAAAGCGACAGCAAACUAUCUUGGCUAGACUUCGUGGUCCUAGAUGGAUUCCCUUGAUGAGUCGCGUUCUUGAAAUCUCUGGCAGUAAAGCACCUUCUGGGUGGGACUUUUCGAUACGUACUUACAAUGUUGUGCCUCUAGACUCGCCAGUGAUGCAAUUUGCAAGGAGAGGCGAGCUCUCCAAGCUCCAGGGUCUUAUUACAGAGGGAAAGGCCUCCCUAUUAGACCGUAGUGAGUAUGGUGAGACUUUGUUGAACGUAAGGACCUUUUUGUUUGUUUUGUCGUCUUAUAACGAUCGUAUGUUCGAGACGAGCAAGCCUAAUACUUCCCAGGCUGCAGUUGCGAACCAGAGACUCGAGGUUGUCAAAUUUAUACUUUGCCAAAGUUUCGACGAUACUAACCACCGGUGGUUUUCUUCCUGGACACUGAAAAAUUGCAACUAA